AUGGGCCGCAGGGACGCAGGCCCCGCGCCGGCGCCCCCCGCGGCCCGCGCGCACCCGCCCGCGCCGCGGCGGCGCGCGUCGCGCGCCGCCACAGGGCGCCUGCUGCUGCCGCUGCUGCUCCUCCUCUGCACGGCCGCGGCGCUGCGCGUUGCUGCAGCAGACGCCGCCCCUGAUGAGGUCUCCACACCGGAGGAGCUGCUGGCGGCAAUCAAUGAGCGCACCAACGGGGUGAUCCACAUAAUGAAGCCGAUGGUGCUGCCCACUGGAUGGGGCCCCGCGCGGCCGGCGCGGCCGCUGCUGAUCCUGUCCCCAUUCCGCGUCAUCCUGGAUUGGUGCGACGCCCAGUGCAGGUCCGGCGCCGUCAACGCGUCCGCGCCCAAGUUCAUCCUAGAGGACGGCGCGGCCGUCUCCUGGAACCGCGUCUUCUUCCGCAACGCAGUCCCGCCGGUCCCCGCGGGCGCGGGCGCCGCCGCGCGGCGCGCCGCGCUCAUGGCCGCGCCCGGCGUGCAGUGGGCGAGCCCGACGCCGUUUGUGGCGAGCAAGGGCGGCGGGGCGACGUACAAUCUGGUGGUGUGGCACUUCCAGCCGGCGAUGAUGUGGGUUUUCGAGCAGCCAGGCACCUACUGUGGCGUUGGACGGCAGCGGGCGCGGACAGGGGCGGCGGUCAGCGGCAGCGGCGGCAGCAGCGAACGGCAGCGGCGGCAGGCGGCGGCGGCUGCGAGCGGCAGUACUAACGGCGGCAGCAGUGGCGGCGGCAGCAGCAGCGGCAGCGGUGGCAGCAGCAGCAGCGGCAACGGCGGCGGCAGCAGCAGCAGCGGCGGGCGCAGCAGAGGCGGCGGCAGCAGCCGCGGCUGCCACGGAGGCAGGUGCUGCUGCGGCGGCGGCAGCAGCAGCAGCAGCAGCAGCAGCGGCGGCGCAUGGGCUGCGUCGCGCGGAACGCACUCUUCGACGCUCGGCUCCCCGCCCGCGCUCCAAAACAUGGUCGGCCGCGCAGGCUUCACGCCGGGGCUGGAUGCCGUGUACAACAUCAAGUUGUUCGGCGUGGCCGCGGUCGGGUCCAUCCAGGAGUGCUACAUCCCGUUGGACUGGGCGGGCUGCUUCGGCAGCGACAAUCCCCUGAACGAGCAGCUGGUCUACUGCCCCUACACCUUCAAGGACUCCCUCAAGAACCCCUGGCUCUCCAAGGUCCACGUCUUCCACGAUAUCGGACUAGACCGCCUCGUCAACACGUACCGCAACCCCGUGCUGCUGACGCGCCCCGUCACCUACCAGUCGUGCGUCGGCCCCCCGCGGGUGGGUGGCGGGCGCGGGCGCCGGUGA